UUAGGCCAAUUCUCACGUUCUUCCAAUUUUUCUAUAAUGUUUGGAGGUCGUGAAAGUACUGGGAUAAGGACAGGUCAAUUCGCUUGUUUUUUAAAUUUUUUUCUGAAAAAGUCCGCAAAUUUUGUCCUCAAAAAUUUUUUUCUGUCCGCAAAAAAAUUUUUUUGCGGACAAAAUUUAAAAAUACCUUACCAUCUGGAAUUCUUUUAAAUUUCGAAUUUUUUUCUGGUCACUUCUUUGAAAAAUAUCCUUUUUUAUUUCCCUUUUCUAUUUAUGUAAUUUAAUUCCUUCCAUUUUUCACUGUAAAAUUGCGCCUAUUUUUUCUUGGAUUUUAAAUACUUUCAUUUUUCAUAAUAUAUAAAAAUUUGUUGACAGAUUUUUUUGUUUUAUUUUUAAAAAUAAUUGGAAUUAAUCCAAAAAUUUUUUUUUAAUUUUUUCAAGUCAAAAGUCCGCAAGUUUUGUCCGCAAAAAAAAUUUUUUUUUUCUUUCAAAAGAUGUAUUUUAAACCUUUUUGUUUUUUCACUUUUUCAUUGUUGAACAGUUUUUUGCUUUGUUAUUCCACAAAAAUCCCAACUAGCGUUAUUGAACUAAAUGACAGGUUUUUGGAUGUUAUGGACAAAGGAUUGUGGUUUGUUGAGUUUUAUGCUCCAUGGUGUGCUCAUUGUAAACAGUUAAUGCCCGUUUGGGAACUUGUAGGGCAUGCUUUAGCAGAUAAACAAUCGCCUGUGCGUGUUGGAAAAGUGGAUUGUACAAGGUUUAAUAAUGUUGCCUCAACUCUUUCAAUUCGUGGAUACCCUACAAUUAUUUUUUUUCGCAACGGCAUUCAAAUCCCUUAUGAAGGCGAACGUCGAAAAGAAGACAUUAUUAAAUUCGCCGAAAAAUGUUCUGGGCCAGUAGUUGAUAAAAUCGAAACAAAAGCAGAAUUUGAAGAGUUGCUUAAAUCUGCGGAUAAGGAGCCUUUUUUCGUCUUUCUCGAUGAUUCAGGAAAACAAAAAACUUCUCUUCAAAUGAAAAUGUGGUUGGAAUAUGAAAACGUUGCGGACAUGUUAUUUACUGAAACGAGAUUUUUUAAGGCGAAUGAGAGAGAAAUUAUUUCUGAAGAAAUUAUUGGGGACAAGGAGGAAGUGGUUUUGAUUGGGUUUAAAGAGAGUGAUUAUUGGGUUAAUUUUGGAUUGAAGGAGUUUGAAAAAGGUAAAUCAAUUUCUGAAUGGAUAAGACAUGAAAGAUGGCCACCAAUGUUACAAUUAUCUGCUUCAAAUUUACAUUCAGUAGCUGAUUCAAAUAGUGAAAAGAAAUUGGUUUUGAUUUCUAUUGAACCUUUUGACCGGUUAAAUUUGAGUACUCCUUCUGGAAGUUUUUAUGACUUGGCAAAGAAAGCAGCCAACAAUUUGAGAACAAAUCCAGAAUUAAAUUCGCAUUUCCAAUUUGGGUGGUUGGAAGGAGGACAAAUUGCUAAUGGAAUUGUGAUGGGGUCUUUAACUAUUCCAAGUUUGGUUGUUUUCAAUUUCUCCAGCUACGAAUUCUUUCUUAGCGACGAUUCUAAUGAACAAAUGACCGUCCAUUCUUUACUUUUAUUUUUACAAAGAAUUAAAGAUGGUCAAGUAAAAGCGCAAGGAGGGCGUGCUUGGGUAACUCGAAUUAAACGAAUGUUUUACGACGUUACUACCAAUCUACUCGAUAUGUUCAAACAUCAACCAAUUUUAACUGUUUGUCUAUUUGGCGUUCCUUUAGCAUUUUUCUCAAUUAUAACUUAUUCAAUUUGUUCUGCCGAUUUUUCUGUUGAUAGAGAUGAAGUAUAUGCAGAAGAUGAAGAAUUGGAUGAAGAAGAGGAAGAAGAUGAAAUGAAUGAGGAAGGGCCUAGUUCUAGUACAAAUACCUCUGCGAUUGAAGGUUUGUUGAAAAUUUAA